UUUGGUAUUGAUCAGGGCGGGGGGCGCGGGAGCAGGUGGCUGCGGCGCGGCAGCUGGGCCGCCAGCCUGUGGUGGCAGAGCCGGUCUCCCUCUGCCUUUGUCGCCAGCCUUUGCCCUGCCCCUCUCCCUGCUCCCGGCCCGCGCACGCUGCCGGCCGGAUUUGCGUCUGGCGCUGCUGCUGCGCGAGGGCCGAGCUCCGUGCUGCCAGCGGCGGGGAAGCGGGUGGCCAGGGGCAGCGAGGACCCCGGCCCAUCAUGGCUGAAGUCAGCAUCGACCAGUCCAAGCUGCCUGGAGUCAAGGAAGUGUGUCGAGACUUUGCUGUCCUGGAGGACCACACCCUGGCCCACAACCUGCAGGAACAGGAGAUUGAGCAUCAUUUGGCAUCAAACAUUCAGCGGAACCGUUUGGUCCAGCAUGAUCUCCAGGUGGCGAAGCAGCUCCAGGAGGAAGAUCUGAGAGCUCAGGCGCAGCUUCAGAAGCGCUACAAAGACCUUGAACAACAAGACUGUGAAAUUGCUCAGGAAAUCCAGGAAAAGCUGGCUAUUGAGGCAGAGAGACGACGCAUUCAGGAGAAGAAGGACGAGGAUAUUGCUCGUCUUUUGCAAGAAAAGGAGUUACAGGAAGAGAAAAAGCGCAAGAAACACUUCCCUGAGUCCUCGGGAGCCAAUGUUUAUGGAGAGAGUUACUAUUAUGAAGAUGGAGACCAGCCACGGUCAAGGAGGGCAAGGGAAUUGGGUUCUGGACUGUCAAGGUCUUGCAAACACCCAAGUAAUGAAAAGACUGUGAAGCAGAGAAAGGAGAAGUCCGAACAUCCGCCGGAGAACUUGGAUGAACUGGAAGACCAUCGUUUAUCAGAGAAAUCUCUGUCCUCUAGCUCAAGCAAAAUGAGGGACCCUCCCCAAAUUAACACUGAGCAGUGUGAAAGGAAAUGGUCUGGCCAUGAGAGGCCCCGGAGACCUCCUCUUCCCAAGAUCAGUGGUGAAGUGUUUCUGAGUACCGAGUUUGAUGACUGGGAGGCCAGCAGUAGCCAUCGAACUCGGAAUUGGGAAAAGCAGUCUGGACACCAAAGCGGACUUCCACCAAAGUCUUCUCGAAAAGCAGGAGCUCACCACAAGGAGGCUGUGUAUGGGAGGGAGCGUGGGCCCAGGGAGCAUGGGCCCAGGGAGCACGGGCCCAGGGAGCACAGGCCCAGGGAGCGCGGAGAGAGGAGGCCCAGGCCCAGGACUCCUCCCUUCUCAGACAGUGAGGAGCUGCUCGAACUCCAUGACACAGGCAUGAAGCCGAGAGCCAUGAAAGAAACAGUCUCUGCUCCGUCACGAGGGGGCCACAGGGGUCAGGAAUGGUACGACGCUGAGAUUGCCAGGAAACUGCAGGAAGAAGAAAUUCUGGCUACCCAGGUGGACGUCAGAGCAGCUCAAGUAGCCCAGGAUGAGGAAAUCGCUAGACUUCUAAUGGCUGAAGAAAAGAAAGCUUACAAGAAAGCCAAGGAACGAGAGAAAUCGUCCUUGGACAAAAGAAAGCAUGAGUCUGAUUGGAAGCCCAAAACAUCUAAAUCAGCACACUCAAAGUCAAAAGACAGUGACGAACCUCACCGUUCUAAGACUGACAGGCCAGCUCGGCCGCCCCCACCUGCCGUGCCAGAUGCUGAGGGUCUGGAUUACACUUACUUUACCAACCAGCAUAACUCCACGCGCCAUUUCUCAAGACCGGAGUCCUCUCAUAAAGGUUUCCAUUACAAGCAGUAGAAACCUAGGCAUCUGCCUUGAAAAUGGACUCACUGUGGCAAAGGUCACUGGAUGAUGCAGGACGCAUUCCACGCUUCUUCCUUCUUCCUGUGUUUCUGUUCCUGGGAUUUAUCCUCAAGUGUUUUUCUGACCAUAAAUAAUUUUUAAUGCAUUUAAAAUGAUGUUUUGCUUAUUUCUGAUCAUUUGGGCAGUACAAGAAAAUCUAGCUUCUGAAUAUUGACCACCUCCAUGCUGCAUAUACUUCCUACAAAAUGCCAUUUUUCUUACAUACAGAGUAUUGGCAUCUAGGAACUAAGCUUCAUUUAGGAAUUAGAAUUUAGUGAAGAUCAUAUGAUCAAGGUAAAACAUAACGUUUGGAUAAGAUGCAGAUAAAAGAAGGUAAGAAAUAGUUUUGGGAGGUACAUUAGUGUAUGAUAUAUGGAAACACAGAGCCGUUUGUUUUUGUACUCUUCAGGAAAAGAAAAAUAUCACAACUGUAAAGUAUUAAAAAAAAACAUCUGGAACAGUUGAAACAUGUUACUCUGACCACCAGGACUGUAUGAGUUUUGCAGAUCCUUACAAAUUCUCCAGGGAAACUUGGCCUGGACGCGCUCUCACACUUUCUUGCUAUUGCUUCCUCAAUAGCAAGGCUUCUGAAACCUCGAGGCAUUGCCCAUUUAUUAGUAUUUAUUGGAAAAAACUUAUUUCUAUUAUAUCUUAACUCAGGUCUAUGUGAAGUCAACUAAAAAUGAAAACUUUCUAUUUCUUCUUUUAUUUUACACUUACUCAUACAGCCGAGGCAAAUGGAAUUAGGAAGUAAUGAUCUCAUCAUUCUCUCUGGCCAUAGACUGACGUUUUCCUCUUGCUUAAAAAACAUAAUAGUAUUUGUUGGCAACCUCUCACAGAUGUUUUACACAUGUCCCAAUAAUUAGGUUAAUUCAACUUGAAGUUGAUAAAGUACUUCUUUAUGCAAGUUUUUGAUUCUAAAUAUUCAUUAAUGAUACAUGAUCAUGAGAUCCUUAAUAUAAGACAUUUAAACUCCUCUUCAGGAAAUCUAGUCUUUGUCUAGCUCCUAACCUUAUGGAAAUACUUCUUUUCCCACCGUAGUAAGUAAACCCAAAUGUCAGUCAUGCUGUAUUUACACAUACAUACACAAACACACAUGUAUAUGUAUGUGUAUAUAUGUCUAUAUGUAUGUGUAAUAUAUUCACAGCUUGACUGCCUAUUAUUUUUCACCGUAUGGUGUUUGUUUAGGAAUGAAAUGUAUAGGCAACUAGAGAAAAAAGCUCUUAAUCCAUUCUUUCCCCAUUGGGAAAUGCCUUCCGUUUGCCUUACCUUUCCAGUGUUUAGAGUCAGGCAAUAUUCAGGAAGCUGUUUAGAGUAGUUUUGAGAGUAGAUUUGGAUCUUUCAUUCUCAGAAGGGUCUUGGGUUUCAUAAAGUUUUUGGAUUAUACGAAUUAGGGUAAAAGGUAUCUAAAAGAGUUAAGUUUUGGGGAGAUGAUAAUCAAAGAAAGAAACAAAACCCUAAGGAAGGGAGUCAUUUCAGAGAAAUGGGGAGAGGGAAAAUAAUAGGACUUUGAGUGGCCAUGAUGAAAUGAAUGAGGAAAAGCCUUCAUUUCGUCGGGGCAAACCAGAGUGGUCCUGGCUUUCCAUCAGACUGCAGAGGCGGUGGUUUCAAUGUCCGAAGCUGAGGCCUGUUGACUCACAGGAACGCUGUAGGUUUCUUUGUCUGCCCUGUGGUUUUGCUUCUUGUUUUUUACAAGUUUUUAUGGUAGAUUUAAAGAAAAAAGUAUUUUUAUUUGAUAGUAAGGCAAAUGGGCAAUAUCAUUUGCCAUAUUUUUAUUUUAUAAAUGUUUAUUUUUAUAUCUCAUGCAUUGAUCAGUUUUACUUUUAAAAUUCUGCAUUUCUCUUGCCUCACAUGUACUUUAUUCGAUUGUAUUUAUUAUUGUGAAAUGCCAACUGAGUAUAUUUCAUUUCAAAAUGUCAGGCCACUUAACACUUAACCAGGAUGUUAGUGUUUUAACUGUCUUAGUGAGUGACCAAAGGUGACAUUUUCCUUGUGACAUUCAAUUCAACUUCUGUACUGAAAAUUUGAUUUUGGGGGGGUUUUAAAAGAUUAGUAUUCUAAGAUAUUUUGAUUUAACUUAAUUUUUUGUAAAGCAGACACUUUUUAAAAAGAGUAUCAGAGUAAUUCUUUCCCCAUGAAUAAGGAGACAGAAAUCAAAGUCGACCAGUGAAAUCCUCUUACUCUUAUUCAAAUAAUGCGAUUAUCUUUGAGAUCAUAGAAGCAACUAACAAGAGUAUUUUAAGAAACUGCCAAAUUUCACUGCAUUCUCUGCUUUUCACUGUCAUUUUUUUAUAUAAGUGUGGAAGCUUUUAUUUUGUUCCUGUUCCUAGUACUAGAACACAUGCAAUUUAAUUUUUAGGCCCACAGUGCAUUAUGCUUUAAUGUUGUGAUGUAAACUAAUGCUUCUGGACUUGGAAAAUCUUUUUGUUUCUAUACCUCUGUUCUCUGGAGGCCAGGCUCUGUUAACCAGUGUUGCCGAAUGAGCGUAGUAUGUUAAGGAGCCUUUUACUGGACACACACAACCUCUCCCCCAACCUUGAUUUUUGUAGGUCAUUGCCGGAAGGCUGGUGAGGUAGGGUCCACUGAAACGUUCUGAGUUAAAAAGAUGUCGGCUCUAUGUCGGACUGGUACUAACAGUAUUGUUUACUGAGAGCCUAGACAGUUAUGCACACACUUUAAAAGAACAUCGAGAUUUUUAGAAAGUGACUUUGAAUACCAUUGAAAUACUAUUUCUCAAAUGUCUUUACAAAAACUAGCAACAGUCUAAUGAACUGCAAGAAAAAAUACAUGGCUUUUCAUUGUAGAGAAAUGUCUAAAGUAGAAAAGAAAGAUAUGGAGAGAUACUCCCAGGAGGAAAACCUUUCCAGAAUGACAGUGGCCACUUGGAUCUGCAUCAUCGUAUUCCCACUGUGUGACCAGUGGCCUGGUGCUCCCCACUGGGAACUGUGAACGGGACCCAGUCCCUUCUUUCCUUCUCUGCUGUGGCCCGCAGCCAAACUUCGGUGAUGGAUAAAUUCAUUGCUGACUUUGACCACACCUUUCCCUCCAUGUCAGGACUUUUUUGGUAUGAAAAUAAUUAACUUUUAACUGAUAAUUAUUUUUCUUUAAUACUGUCACAUAUUCUCUAAAUUCAUCUUGUGCCAAGUUGUUCUUUCAAACACCUAUUAUAAUAUGGUGCAUUCAUUUUACCACAAAAGUGGUUAACAUUUUAGAGCCUUGAUUUUUAAUGAGUAUUACCUUUGUAUAAAAAAUCACUUUGGGGAAUACCAGGGUUAUUCAUUUAUUCAGUGAUGACUUUCUUAAAAGAUAACUGGUGAUUGGCUAUAAAUCUUCAGCCAAAUAUAGGGACAACUAACCUGAGUAAUCAGCUUUCUGAAGGACUGAGAGCAGAAUACAACUUGCAUUUAAGGGUUUUUUUUUCCCCUUUUGGGAAAAUAGUAUUUGUGUAGGGGGUGUCGAUGUGGGAAGGGAGCACUGAUUGGGUAGAUUUCACUGUACAUAGUGUGCCAUAUUCUGAUAGCAUUGGCUUUUUAGAGAGAAUCAUAAAAAAUAGAGGUGUGUUUAUUCAACAUAAAGAAAAACACAGAUUUUUUAAAUACUUUGUUCAUUAGUUACUGCUCAUUGUCAGAGAAGUGACUAGAUUAAAAGUUCCCAUUUUUCCUCACAUCUGGUGGUGCCUGUGAGUCUUAAAGCCAUAACUGCUUAUCUUCCUAUUGCCGAAUCCUUUUCUCCCCUGUGCUCGUAAGAGGUAACAGGGGCAGGGAGAAGCAAAGACUGUCCAAAUAAUGCUGCGUGGGGCAGAGAGUCAUCCAGAUUCUUGGGGGAAGAAUCUGUUAUCCUGAUGAUAUUAUAUAAGGUCAUUAAAGGGAAGUGUCCAAGCUGUUGUUGCUCUUGCCAUUUAACUGUUGUUGGAAAAGCUGAAGUUUCAUUCUAGAGAAGCCAAGAAGGAAGCGGUAAACUGGGAAAAUCUCACUUCUACAAAGUCACUUUUCUGAUGAGACCUGCUCUUUCUGUCAGCAUUGUCUCGGGAGCAGUAUUGCCUUAAUUAGCGUGAUUCCAACCGAGGUCAGUGUAUUGUACUUCUUAUAUGUAAAUGACUGUCAACUCUCCAUUAUCCCUAAACAUCCUUGCUACCAGGAAGUUUGAAGCUCCUUCCACUGAGCUAUGGGUAACCGAUACACUGUUAGAUACAUCAUUUCAUGUCAAGUUUGCCUCGCUGUCUGCAGACGGGCGGUGGCAUGACCAAAAAGGCUGGUAGGAGGGGGGAAGUCUCCUGGCCAGAUUCUUCAGGUGAUCACUUCCUGAAUAAGUGAGAGUUGACUGUCUUUUUCCAUUAUGACUCUGUAGGGGAUAUUUCCAAAGGUUCUGUUACACACUAAAGUCAACUCAGUAUUGUCUUGUAAGAAUUUCAUCUGCACUCUUAGUGCGGAAGUGCAGGACAUUAACAACAAAAAGAAAACCAAACAAAAUAGAGACCUUUACUUGAAACUAGAGAUUUGAUGGUGUGAAGAGUCCUUCUGGUGUAUUACUUUCAUAGAAAAUUACCCAGGGGAACUCAUUGUGACGGGGAAGACACCAGGCUGUUCGUGGAAGGUUGUAGUUGAUGCCCCAAACUAACAUAACCGUCUUAAGUACUCAUGUUGAUGUAUGGAAAUAUCUGGUCCUAAAAACCACUCUUUCCCUAUGUAUUUGUGUGAAUUGCCUAGAAACAUGUCCCAAAUAGAUUUAAUGCGCAUUUGUGUAUUCUCAGCAACUAGAAAGUUUUUUCUCCUUUUGAGUGGCUCCUCAUGGCAUAGGGGCCCAGCACUAUGCUGGUUCCAGCGUUUCAGACAAGGACAGAAUUAAUUGUAUAACUCAGUUCCCCACUGUUUAUUGCUGAGGUUCAUGUCUAAAGAACAGAAUUAAAAGACAGGGUUUGAGGGACAUUUCUUUCACAAAGAGCAAGGAUUAAGAACAGUGAAGACAGUUGGGGGAAUUUCCUGUCACACGUUAUAUGCUUAGGAUAUGUUUUUGUUGCACUGAAUUUCAGACCGUCACUGCUAAAAUAGCUUCUACCUGUUAAAUUUUGUGGGAGGGGUUUUGAUGUUAGAAUAUUUUAAAAAACUUCUGGUUGAAUUAGUCUUUGAAAUCCCUGCAGAUUAUAACUUCAACUCUUGCUAUAAACCGAAAGCCCAGUGCCCUUUCUCUGAAAUAGCUAUAUUUUUUACCUGCCUCUUACAGGCAACCCAGUAUUUAUCUCAUGAGGUAUUGUACAUAAUGAGGAGGUAUAGUAGGAAGACAGCGUAUAAAAAUGAUGAUCCAAAAUGAGAAUUCUCUGAAAUGGUGUUUUCCUUGAGAAGAAUCUAUCCCAGCACAAUAUUAUAUUUUAAAAGGUGCUGAAUUAACCAAGUACAAGAGUUUGCUUGUAUAAAUCAAGUUGCUCAGGAAAUUUGAGGUGGUGCUGUCAUUUGUCUUACAAUUCGGAAAAGCACUCUUUUGAGACAGUUACUACACGGUACCCAGUUUCAGAUUCUUUUGACAUUUGCAACAUGGAUAUGUUUAAACAACAUGUAAGGCAUUAUCCCAAGUGCUCAUCAACUUGUAGCCAAGCCCCGGAGGGAAAGGCAGCUUUGGAAUGGUCACUUCAUGAAACUGAACAGUACCUUAAUGGAACAGCUGCCCAAGGACAGAAAACAGAAGCCACCUCAAACCACAUGCCUAUCUAGAGAUUAAGUGAAACUGUGAGGGACACUUUGUGGAUGCCUUAAAGGUGACCGAUGUGGGGGACUGGUGGGUGUGGGUGCACCCAUCUGGAUAAGCCGGAGGAGACGGUCUGUUUUAAUUCACCUUCACACAACACAAGUUGUUCCCGCUCAUGACCUCAUUGAGGAAAACAAGAAACAUGGUGCUGGUGACUUUCAUGUGUCUUGGGAGGUGGAGGUGGCAAUGUCAAUUGGACUCUCCAGUGCUCAAGCCUCCCUUAAAUGCCACUUACACAUCUACAUUAAUUCAUCUAUGCAAGCUUGUGUUUUUAUGGUUUGUUUUUUAUACCUAUGUUCCAUUUGAUUCUAUAAACAUCAGGAUUCACAUUGACAUUUUGAAUAAUUUUCAAACCAAAGUAUUGUAUAAGUUUGUGUGCUUGUUUUCCUGGCUGGUCUGAGGCAAACACCAAUAUUGUCCUUUUCUCUUAAUAAAGUCAUACAUUUGUUAAAGUC